UAUCAACAGGCCAGCCAUUUGGUCUUUUGCUACGAAGAGAAAAACCUCACCGUCUGCGGCGGUGCACUACCCCCAGCUCCGCCAUAAGAUGGAGGAAGAAAAGGCCGCAGCAUACUACGACGAACUCACACGUAAAGGAGAAGGCGCCGCAAGAUUCAAGCAAGGUCUAGGCUUUUCUUCAACUUCAAAUGACGCCGUACCCAUCCGUGGCUCUGCUCUCGUUUCUUCCUCUUCAUUUCUGAGUAGUUUUGUCAGGGCAUCAAGCCCGUCCAAAACCACCGAGUUCGAAAAACAAGCUCAGGUCCAAACCAUCCAAAACAAGCUCAAGAAGAAACCUAAAGACAAUAAAGAUUGCCUUUCUUUUAGGGUUUCCAAAGGAAAAUCCACUAGAAGUACAAGUCCAAGUCGCGAAAAAUGUUCCAGCCGGAGAACCCCGAGUCCAAGCCAGAAGUUAAGGCGCCGGAGUCGAAGCCGGAGCAGAGACAAAGAGAGGCACUCGAGGUGGAGUGAAAACCGGGAUGCUUAUAGGUCGAAGCGUCCACAUAGGUCUACAAGUAGAAGUAGAAGUAGAGACAGAGAUAAACAAAGGAAAAGAGAAAGGCAAAAGGAGAAGCAGAGUACAAAGAGGACAAGGAGUGUGUCACCAAGGGAUGGAAGACCGGAGAAAGUUGGGAAAGAUAGAGCUGCUACGGUAGAUUAUAGCAAAUUGAUUGAAGGUUAUCAAAAUAUGACUCCAGCUGAAAGAGUCAAAGCCAAAAUGAAAUUUCAACUUUCAGAAAGUGUUCGAAAAGAUGAAACAAAAAGCAUGGGCUCUGGAUGGGAGCGUUUUGACUUUGACAAGGAUGCCCCUUUGGAUGACAACAAGAUUGAAGCUGUAGAAGAUGAUGGUGCUUUAGUCAACCACAUUGGUAAAAGCUUUCGGUUUUCUACGGUGGAGACUAGGAGGGAGGAACAAAUUAAGGCUGCUCAUGAUGAGGCUAUUUUUGGAGCUCCCUCACAUCUGCCACGUUCACCUUCCACAGAAACAGAUGAUGAAGCAGAAGAUGGUAAUGGCAAAAAGGACAUAUCUGAAAUUGCCCCUGCUACAAGUCUCAUCAGUGGGCAGGCAGUGGCAAUGCAACAAGGUUCUUGGCGUGAUCGUGUGCGUAAAUCAUGACUUGUGUGAAUUCUUGGAAAUUGAGGGUUUUUGUAUUUGUGCUAGUCUUGUGUGAGUUGUAACCCGCUGCCUUUUGGAGUAGUGCAAGGUCCUUGUUUUGUACUGGGGAAAUUGUGAGGGUGGGUAUUUAUGGAGUUGGGCUUUCAGCUUUAAAAUAUCCAUUGUAGGUAAUGAUCUGUGUCAUAUUCUAAUUUUCUUAUGGAGAAGUAGCAUGGAACAGUGCAAAUAUUUUUCUGUAAAUAUUCUCUUUGGUACUCUUAAACUUUGAAUUCAGCAGCCCUUGUAUAGUUUGUAUGUGGACGUCAAGUAUAGUGC